UUAUGAACAGGAUAAAAUUAUAUGACUGAUUUGUAAUGUUUUCAGAUUACUCUGGUUUAGCUUUAAAAUGACAACAGCUGCACGACCAACAUGGGAUACUGCGAAGGGAGGAAGCAGUUUAAGAGAAAGGGAUUUGUCUGCUAUGUCUAAACAGUACAGCAGCAGAGAUCUCCCGUCCCACACCUCCUUGAAGACCAGGGAACCCGGACAGGGAACCCAGGAGGAACACAAGAAUAAGGAUUUCAGGAGGGAGCUCGAGGACAGGGAGAGGAUUGCAAACAGAGAACGAGCGAAGGAGAAAGCCAGAAAGGAAGGUAAAGCGCUAGACUCACCGCCGCAAAUAAAGAAAUCGCGCACUGAGGCGAUCAGCAUGGCUAACCUAGAUGCUGACGAUCCAGUGGACGACAGUGAUAGUGACAGCGGCGACAGUGAUGAUGACACUGCUAUCCUUAUGGCGGAGCUAAAUAAGAUCAAGGCGGAGAAACAGCAGGAGGCGGAGGAAAAGGAGAUGGAGAGACGCGAUGAGGAGGAGAGGAUCCGGAUGGAAAACAUUCUCUCAGGGAACCCGCUCCUCAAGGAGAAGUACGCCGAGGCCGCAAAGUCCGACAUGAAGAUUAAACGUCGGUGGGACGACGAUGUUGUGUUCAAGAACUGCAGCAGGGCGGAGCCGGACAACAAGGAGCCCGCCUUCAUCAACGACAGUCUUAGAAACGAGUUCCACAAGAAGUUUAUGGACAAAUAUAUUAAGUAAACGGUUGAAGACCGGAUCCCAUCGUUGUGUAAUGUUUUUGUUCCGAGUUUUCUUUCAUAUAAACCACUAAAAUAAAUCUUGUCAUUUACU